AUGUCACAGUACGGAUUUGUAAGAGUUCCUAGAGAGGUAGAAAAGGCCAUUCCAGUGGUGAAUGCACCUAGACCACGGGCCGUUGUUCCGCCUCCAAACAGUGAAACUGCUAGGCUUGUUCGGGAAUAUGCCGCUAAAGAAUUGACUGCCCCCGUUCUAAACCACUCUUUGCGUGUUUUUCAAUAUAGUGUAGCUAUCAUAAGAGACCAAUUUCCAGCAUGGGACUUGGAUCAGGAAGUUUUGUACGUCACCUGCUUACUUCAUGAUAUUGCAACAACAGAUAAGAAUAUGAGAGCCACGAAGAUGUCAUUUGAGUAUUAUGGUGGCAUACUUUCAAGGGAGCUUGUAUUUAAUGCGACAGGUGGAAAUCAGGACUAUGCAGAUGCAGUAACUGAGGCCAUCAUUCGUCACCAGGAUUUGACUGGGACUGGCUACAUUACCACCUUGGGGCUCAUUCUGCAGAUUGCUACUACGCUUGACAAUGUCGGAUCCAAUACCGAUCUGAUUCAUAUCGAUACAGUUAGUGCCAUUAACGAGCAAUUUCCAAGACUGCACUGGUUAUCAUGUUUUGCUACGGUGGUGGACACUGAAAACUCGAGAAAACCGUGGGGCCACACCAGUUCUUUGGGUGAUGAUUUUUCAAAGAAAGUCAUAUGCAAUACAUUUGGGUAUAACUAA